UACGACCGCGGCGCUUGGGGCUCCUGGAGCGUCGGGAUGGACGUAGCGGCGGCGCCCCGUGAGGCCGAGGAAGGCUGCCUGGAGCACUGGGGGGAGCUCAGCCAAGGGCCUAACCCUCCCGGACACCAAGACAAAGUAGAAGCCACCAAGGGAGAGCCCCAGGCCCUGGACAAUGGCAACGACAUUGGUGAUGAUGACAUGGACGACAUCAAUGGCGUGUAUGUGCCUCCUGGGACUGAGAAGGCGGCAGUGAGGGCCAUGCUGCGGGCCGUGGCCGCCAGCCGCCUGCCAGUGUGCAGCCAGCAGCAGGGCGAGCCCGAGCUGACGGAGCCCCAGAAGGUGGCCAUCCUGGGGCGGCUGUACCAGGACAAGCCGCUGGUCUUCCUGGAGCGCUUCCGCACAGGGCUUCGCGAGGAGCACCUGGCCUGUUUCGGACACUUGCGCGGUGACCACCGGGCCGACUUCUACUGUGCCGAGGUGGCCCGACAGGGCGCCGCCCGGCCCCGCACCCUGCACACCCGCCUUCGGAACCGGCGAUACGCUGCCCUGCGGGAGCUCAUCCAAGGGGGCGAGUACUUCAGCGACGAGCAGAUGCGCUUCCGGGCGCCGCUGCUGUACGAGCAGUACAUCGGGCAGUACCUGAGCCCCGAGGAGCUGAGCGCCCGCACCCCCGCGCCCGUACCCACGCCUGGCACCCCGGCCCCCGCCGCCUGCCCGCUCUCCGACCUGCUGCUGCAGUCCUUCCAGGAGCGCGAGCUGCAACGCCGCCUGCUCCAGCAGCAAGAGGAGGAGGAGGCCUGCCUGGAGGAGGAGGAGGACGAAGGUGGCAGCGACGAGGAAGACCCUGCUGCCACCAGUGAUGCGGAGACCUGGGUCCCCGACUCGGAGGAGCGGCUGAUCCUGCGGGAGGAAUUCACCAGCCGCAUGCACCAGCGCUUCCUCGAUGGCCGCGACGGGGACUUCGACUACAGUGCAGUGGACGACAACCCCGACUUCGACAACCUGGACAUUGUGGCCCGGGACGAGGAGGAGCGGUACUUCGAUGAGGAGGAGCCUGAGGAUGCACCCAGCCCCGAGCUGGACAGGGACUGAGGAGACUGGGCCUGGUUGAGGCACCUAACGGGGCCCCCAUCCUGCUGCUGGGGUCCCCCAACCUUGCUCCCAGUCCCACCUCUGGUGGCCUCAACAUCUUUCACCUCCGCCAGUGCUCCCGGUUUCCACAGACCCAGGACGCACCUCUGGGGUCCUGCCGUCUGUCCGUCCCUGUCCCUGUCCCUACAUCUGUUUCCCAUUUCACACUCUGGUUCCAGUCUUCCCCCACAGCUAAGGACCGUGGCCAGCACCAUCCAGGGCCUAGGGGCCACCUGUCCUUUCCUGUCCACCAGGUUCCUGGCAUGGGAGGGUCAGACAUGGACAGCACCAGCGAUCACAGUCUUGGGGGUGCUGCAGAGAAGGGGAAGGGGGGGGACCCUCCCCUCCAACCCCCCUCAGCCAGCACCAGUUUUCCCUUCCCUCCUUCCUCUGCCUCCCUCACCCUCUCCUGUUUACACUCCCUGAAGACGCAGGCUGUUAUCAUGGGGCCUGAGUCAUCCCCACACGCAGCCUCACAGCCUUCCCGGGGGCCCCCAGCCGGCCACAGGCCCGCCCCGCCGAGCCCCUCGCCGCCUGCCCGGGCUAAUGGGAGCCAGAUGGCCGCCUGUGACUCAGCCUCAGCCUGUGGGAACCCAGGCAUCCCGCCUUCCCAGGCCCCCACCUCCAGCUGCUCCCCCAGGACACACACAGGGUCCAGCUGCUGGGGGACGCCCCAGAGGCCAGGGUCAGUGGGUGGACCCAGGGGACCCCUGGCUCCAGUGAGUGGAGGCACCCUGCCCCGUCAGUGGGACCCCAGGGAGAGGGGACCCCAGGCCUCUUGGGGCCAUGGUCUUUGACACCAGCUUAGGGCUCAUCUUUGCCCUCUGGGCUAGCCAGAACCAGGGGGAAACCACAGGCCUGAGGCGCUGCAGGGGGCUGGGCCACGAACCCCCUGCACUUAAAAUCCAAAACACCAGUCAGCCAGCGAGGGGCAGGCCAGACCUUCCCAGGCCCUGCAUCUGAGGUCUCCCCACUCCAGCCCCCACCCGGAACAAGGAUUAGAGCAUUUAUCUCGGUGCUUGCCCCCUGUCCUUGGAGGGUCUAUGCCAGGGACCAGGCCCCCGCUGGGUUUGUGGUCAUGUCUGUCAUUCAUUAAACCCCUU